AUGCCCACUCAACCAAAUCUAAAUCCCAACAAUAAACCUUCUCAACCCAUAUAUAAUAAUGAGGUGGCAAAUUACCCUACAUAUCCAAUCAAUGUGGUAGAACUCGAAGGAGUUCAAUUAAGAUCAAGAAAGGUUCUUCAAGGGCCUACUAUCACAGAAAUCGAGGAAGAAGCUGAGGAGAUUCCUAUAAAGGAACCCCCAUUCUCUCCACCCUUUCCUAAUCGCUUACUUUCCAAACCUGUAUCAAAGGAGCCCGCACAGAUUGAGUUUGAUCUUAUGAAUGAACUUCAGAAUGUUAAUAUCAAAAUUCCUUUGUUGCAGGCCAUAAAAGACAUUCCGAUAUACAACAAGACGGUUCAGGAGUUGUGUACCCGCAAGAAAAAGAAGAAAGAGGAUCCAAAGACUGUUCAAGUUAUCGGCCAAAUAGCCGACUUGAUGCUUGGGAGUUUGGCCAUGCCCAAAUAUUCAGAUCCGAGUAGUCCAAUUAUCAAGGUAAGUGUUGGUAAGACUACUAUUCCUAACACACUAGUAGAUUUAGGUGCUGCAAUUAAUGUAAUGACAAAUGAGACUAAAGAAAAAUUGGCACUUAAAGGAUUGAGACCUACACCAACAGUUCUUCAAAUGGCUGACCGCUCAUUAGUCAAACCUGAAGGGGUAAUUGAGGAUGUAGUACUUUCUAUUGAUUCAUGGGAUUAUCCUACUGAUUUUAUGAUUCUGCAACCAAAAGUUAAGUUGGGGGGGUAUCCCUUGAUCUUGGGACGACCCUGGUUAGCUGUUGCCAAUGCCUUCAUCAAUUGUUGUUCAGGUAACAUGGUUAUUUCUAAUGGGGAGCAUACUAAACAAUUGACAUUGUAUCCUCCAACACAACCUAUGCUAGAAACCAAAGAUCCACUUUGGAUUGACAGUGACUUAGAGGAUUCAUUAACAAUCUUGAUGAUUGACCAAGCAUUGGACCUGGAAGAUCCUACUGAGGAGAGUAUCCUUGUAAAUUUUCUUCAAAAUUGGUGGGUAUCUCCCUUAGUUGUGGUUCCCAAAAAGAAUGGUAAGUGGCAUAUUUGUGUUGAUUAUAGAGCAUUAAAUAAAGCAACUAAAAAGGAUCAUUUUCCAUUACCAUUCAUUGAUCAAGUGUUGGACACUCUUGCAGGAAAGCGAUUCUUUUCUUUCUUGGAUGGAUUCAGUGGAUACAAUCAGAUUCGCAUAGCACCAGAGGAUCACAACAAGACUACUUUCACGUGUCUGUGGGGUACCUUUGCUUACAAUGUUCUUCCUUUCGGUUUAUGCAAUGCUCUGACUACUUUUCAAAGGGCAGUAUUAAGUAUUUCUGUUGAUUUAAUUAAUGAUUGUGUUGAGGUAUAUAUGGAUGAUUUUACUACACAUGGCAAUACUUUUACAGAAGCUAAGGAUAAUCUAGAAAAGAAUUUUAGUAAAAUUGCCUUGCCAUUGUUUACCCUGUUAGCUAAAGAUGUUGUCUUUUCGUGGACCUCUGAGUGUCAAGAAGCCUUUGAGACUAUCAAAACUAAACUUGUUACUACACCAGUUCUUAGAGGUCCAAAUUGGGAGUUAACUUUUCAUAUCCACACUAAUGCUUCAAAUGCUUCUAUGGGAGCUAUGCUUGGACAAAAGGAAGAUAAUCUUUUCUAUUCUAUUUAUUACAUCAGAAAGAACUUCACUGGAGCAGAGGUAAACUAUAUGGUAACUGAAAAGGAGUUUUUGGUCGUUGUUUAUGCUAUUAAUAAAUUUCAGCAUUAUAUUACUAGUUAUAAAGUAUUUGUUCAUACAAACCACUCUGCAAUUUGUUUCUUAAUAAAUAAACCUGUGGUAACUGGAUGUGUUAUUAGAUGGUUGUUUCUCUUACAAGAAUUUGAUGUUACUAUACUUGAUAAGCCUAGUCGAGAAAAUGUGGUUGCAGACUUUUUGUCUAGGUUGCAGCAGCCAAAUAAUGAACCUGUUCCAAUUUUCACUCACUUUGGUGUACCUCGAGAAAUCACUACAAAUCAAGGACCUCAGUUUACUUCAAAACUCAUUGCAGCUUUAGUCAAAGAAUAUGAAAUUCACCACUGGAAGUCUACUCCUUACCAUCCUCAGGCCAAUGGACAAGUAGAGGUAACUAAUAGAGAACUGGAGAAUAUUCUUACUAAGACUGUUGCAUUACAUAAACGUGAUUGGGCCAUAUGGCUUCUUGAAGCCGUAUGGGCCUAUCGCACCACAUUGAAGACUACUACUGGUUUGACCCCUUAUGAGAUGGUCUAUGGUAAGAAGGUUGUUCUUCCCAUCGAGUUCGAGAUCAAGACUCUCUGCACUGCCUUACAAGUUGGUUUGAGUCUCUCUGAUGCUCAAUGGGCACAUCUUUCUCAAUUACAUUCUCUGGAUGAGUUACGACAGGAUGUGCUUUUUCAAACUAAAAUUAUCCAGAAACAGUGUGCAUUAUGGCAUGAUAAACAUAUCCACCAAUGCUCUUUCCAGCCCAGGGAUUGGGCACUUUUGUAUGACUCCUAG